CACAGGACCUGAAAGCACUGCAAAAGGGAUUGGCUGAUCAAGACUUUUGGAAGAAAAAAACAAACGAUGGCCACGCAGCAAGAACCGGAAGACCUCAGUAAUUUUACCCACCCAGUGGGGUUUUACAUCAGAGGCUUUUAUGCCCUACAGAAUACAGAUUAUUAUUUCAUCUUCUUGUCUGUUGUUUAUGUUGUAACACUGCUAGCAAACUUUCUAAUAAUGUCAAUCAUUUGGUACGCAGAAAGUCUGCACACAUCAAAGUAUUUAGCUAUUUUUAGCUUAGCUGUAGUGGACGUCAGUUAUAGCACUGCACUCAUUCCAAAGGCAAUACACACGUUCCUGUUUAACUCGAGAUUCGUAUAUUUUGACGCUUGUUUAACCCAGAUUUUCUUUGUACAUUAUUUUUGCUCAAUGGAGUCGUUUGCUCUCUGUGUAUUGGCGUAUGACAGGUUAAUUGCUAUAUACUUUCCACUGCGAAGUAAUACACUGAAUUCAACCACAAGAAUGAUGCUAGUUAUUCUGAUUUCUUGGAUUAUCCCUUUAAUUGUCGUUGUGAUUAUGGUUGCUUUAAUUCCACGACUGUCAUACUGCAAAACCACAAUUGUAAACAGUUAUUUUUGUGAUCAUGGACCUGUGUUUAAAAUAGCUUGCGGGGACUAUUCUCCAAAUUGGUUUAUGGCUUGCUUUUAUACUGUGGGUUUAUUUUUUGCUCCAUUUGCUUUUAUUGUGCUGACAUACAUGUUCAUCGUAAGGGCACUUUUAAAGAUAGCGUCCGCUGAAGGUAGGUGGAAAGCAUUUAAAACGUGCAGUACACAUUUAACCUUAGUAGACAUAUUUUACAUACCGAUUUUAGUGACCUAUGUUGUAGCGUGGGUAAAUGUGCAUAUCGACACAGACACGAGAAUUAUUAAUACAUCCUUAUCUGCUACCAUUCCUCCUUUGCUAAAUCCAAUCAUAUACACCUUAAAAACGGAAGAAAUUAUGGAGCAAAUUAAAAAGUUGAUCAAAAACAGAAAAAUCAGCUCCAUAAAUGGAUAAUCUUCAGACUGUGUGAGCCGAGUUUAAUAUGUGUGUGUUUAUCUUCGAUUCCGAUAUUUUGAUUAAAAACAGUAGCUUAUUGUGAUAAGGUUAACAUCUUCGCAUUGGGCCCUGUCUAAGACCCUCAAAAAUGAUAUUAAAAUGUUCAAUCUGGAAUCAGACAUACUUUGUUUUUGCGUUCAGUUCAGUUUACAUGGAUAUUGUAUUUUUUCAUAUACACCUAUUCACAAGUUUAUUUAUGUAUUUUUGUAUUUAUUUAUUUAUUUAUGCAGAAUAAUGUGAAAAUGGCAGCAACAUAUUAAACAAUGUGUAAAGUUUUUGAAAUGCCUUUCUUAACUGGGUGUAGUAAACAACAGCAGUUUAGAUCAGUUACAUACUUUAGUUUAUUAAUUCAUUAAAUAAAAAGGAGGGUUAGGAGGCAUGUUAUCUGAGAGAAGGAUUUGUUUUUUUUAAAAAAAAAAAGCAUAACCAAGAUAUUUUGGUAGAAUUUACAGUAAUUCAUUUGAAGGGAAAGUCCAAUUAAAAAAAAUAUAUAACCUACGAAGUCAACUUCUUACAGUUGUUACAAAAUAUCACAAUACAAAGUAUCACAUUGCAAAAUAUCACAUUACACAAUAUCACAUUACAGAUAAGAGCAGUUAUAAAGUACAGUAAAAUCAGUGGAAAGUUAGAUCAAAUUCAAAUAAGAGCAAAAUAAAGAAUACAGUCAAUAAUUACAUUUUAGAGCGAAUUUGACGAAGGGCAUUUUCCCAGUUGUUUUAGAAAGAGUUUAUUCUCAUUUUUCAAAGCACUGUUUAAUUUAGAAUUAUGUUUAUAAAAACUCUUCAAAAACAUUCCUUAAAACAGUGCUUGAUGUUUUGUGACUAUGGCCGGUCAGUAAGGAAAGUAAAGAGAUAUAGAGUGAAAAGGGGGGGGUAUCAGUAGAGGUGGCUAAAUGCACACAUGAAUAAUUAAUAAAUGAAUCCCCAGAGGUCCCCAGUGGCUCACUUAGUAAAAGCACUGCCAGUCAUCCUACAGAGUCAGCUAAGCAAGCAUGGUUUGAAUUGCACUCACACAAAGUGGCCACUCUUGGCUGGGAACCUUCAGGAAGCUUUCCAUUGGCUGUCGCUUACAUUUGGCAAGUGAAAGGAGCCUAUUGGCUUGAAAACUGAUUUAAAAAUGUGUAAACAAACUAAGAAAAUCAAAUAGUAUGAUAGAGUAUAUGUGGAAGAAUAAAAUCUUCAUGUAACUGGAACUGAAAAAAUAAAACAAUUACAAAUUACAGACAAUUUUAAUUUCAGGUUCCCGGUUGAAUACUUUUUUGAGUCACUAUAUGACAUCUGUAAAUAAAUUGUUUUGUGUCUAUUUGUAUGAUUCAAAAUAUUGUUUGGUUAAAAUAAUGUUCUCUUGAAUGAAUAGGUGUUUGUGGGUUAACGGUUCACCAUACUGAACCAAAUUACAAUAGUUUGUCGAGUCUUUAGCCCCAUCAUUAUUUUCCUUAUUAUGUACUACAAUAAUAAAGUUUG